UUCCGCUCCAGAUGGCUCUAGAAGCGUUGUUACUGACUGUUACCAUAGAAUAAGAGGUUAACAGUUGACAGUUCUUGGUGAUUAUUUGUUUAUAUAAAUGUGCGUUAAUUUCUAAUAUUUUUUUGUAAUUGUACAUGCCACAAGCAUAAUGUACGGUAAUCCCGGGAGUGGAUACCAAGGAUAUCCUGGUGGGGCUGCCCCUGGGUACGGUCAAGGAGCUGCAACUCCGGAUGUUCAGCAGUGGUUUAAUACAGUAGAUAAGGAUCGUUCUGGUCAAAUAAAUUGGCAAGAACUACAAAGUGCUCUUAUCAAUGGCCAGGGGAAGAAUUUUUCAGACGUCGCUUGCAAGCUUAUGAUUGGGAUGUUUGAUAGGGAUAAGACAGGGACAAUUGAUAUUAACGAAUUCCAACAACUCUUCGCAUACAUUAAUCAAUGGUUGGCUGUAUUUAAAAAUUAUGAUAGGGACCAGUCAGGACACAUUGAGGAGCCAGAACUUGCCCAAGCGUUGCAACAGAUGGGAUUUAAAUUUUCCCCCGAUUUCGUAAAAUUUUUAAUUGCUAAAAGCGACCUUCAAAACCACAAACAAAUGUCAGUAGACCAAUUUAUCGUACUUUGCGUGCAAAUCCAGCGGUUCACUGAAGCUUUCCGAUCAAGGGACAGUGAAAUGAAGGGGGUUAUUACAAUUGGAUUUGAAGAUUUUCUCAGUGUCGCGAUAAACUGUUCCACAUGAUUUACUAUUUAAUUCGUUUAAUUCCAUUACUAGGGUUAAUUUUGUAGGAACAAUAAAACUAAUAAAACUUA